AUGAAAUCCUCACUCCCAGCAAUCCUCGCAUUCUCAGUCUCCGUCCACGCCGCCAACUCGUGCGGAACCGGCUACACGAUCUGCGCACCCGCAGGCGCAACAUCAACCACCACCCCCAAAAUCGGCAGCACCGAAUUCCAAAGCCUCCUCAGCGACAUCGUCGGCUCCUCGCUCCCCUCAUUCAAACGCGAUACCGCCGACGGCACCGCCUCGCUCUGCUGUCUCACCUCCCUCUCCUGUCUCACCCUCUCGAACCUCGCGCUCCCGUUCUGCUACGACAAAUUCACAACCAACUUCCUCCUCCCCGAUGGCAGUUUCGGCACGGUCGCCAAUGGCGCGUAUACCUCGAGUAGCGGCGACACGGCGAAUUUAUUGACGGGGGAUUACACGUUAUCUGGGGGAGCGAGCGGGAAUAUAUAUGCAGGCAAUGAAGCUGCGAAACCGAAUACCGCGACUCUAGCUCUGCCGCCGCAGUUUACGGGGACAGGUGUUGGGGGAGCGGUGCCUGUGAGUUCGCUGGGCGCGUUGGUGACUCUCACGUUUACGACGACGUUGCCGGCAAGCGUGGUGGAGGCUACGACGGUGUUGCCGGCUACGGUGCCUGGGAGUACGUUUUCGAGCGUGGUUACGGUUUCGACAACGGUUUCGCAGCAGAUUGGGACGACGGUGAGUGUGGCUACGAGUGUUGUUACUACGGCGGAGGUAUCGACUGCGCAACCAAGUACGGUGGCUGGGACUACGAGGGAGGCUUCUACUGUUCCGGCGAUGACGAGGACGGUUGUUACUACGCAGGCGGUAGCUCCGUCUUCGGUUGUUGAGAGUACGACUGCUGCUGCUUCGGCGAGUAAGACGGGAGAUGCGUCCAAGAUGGGCGGGAUGGGAUUGAUGCAAGGCUUGAUGAUGGCGGUUCUGGCGAUCUUUCUAUUGUAA